AAGCACUUUUUCCCCAAUAGAGCUUUUCCAAAACAAAGGCAAGAGCUCAGAGAGAAAGAGAGAUUUUGAGAGUAGAGAGAUGACAAUUUCAUUAGAGGAGAUGGUGAAAAAUGGGUAUGCUUCUCCUUCAUCGUCUCCCCCCACACCUCCAUCUCCUCUCCCCAUUAGUGUUGGCCCUGGCCACCAAAAAUACAGCUUCUCGGCAUCACCGACACCAUCGCCGCCCUUCUCACCACCAUCUAGCCACACAUCAGCCGAGAACCUCCCCCUUAUGCCGGUGAGGGCGUCGAGCCCACGUCCGGCACCAUUGGCGUUUUCAUUGGACCGUCGAGACGCUGACAAUUCGGAUUCUCCGAGCUCAUGCCUAAGGGAAUUAGUGCUCUACGAAACAAGUGGGAAUAUGGAAAAUGCUUCGAGAACUUUCACAUUGUAUAUAAGCCUUUAGUACUUCAUAAAGAAUAGGCUGAGGAGACUGUUAUUGAUAUUUGAAUUCUCAUAUAGGAUUUUGUUCCGGAAAUCAAUUGAGAGAUGUUUAUAAGAACUGUUUUCAAAAACUUAUGUUGCAUUUGCUAAACAUGCCCUAAAUUGUUUGGAUGCCAAGUGAUUGACUGAGAAAAACAUCAAUGUAAACAAUAGGUUUCAUAAAAAAAAAACAUGAAAUAGAGCUCCAUUUAUCUACAGGUCCAAGCCAAAGUUUCAAGACAGAUUUACAGCCCUAUUUAUCCAAGGAUAUACUGAAAUCCAGAAUUGGCAAACAUUAUUUACUUAAAAAUGCAGAUGACUAAAGCAAAAUAACCGAGAAGUUAUCGAUCAACAACAGUAGUUUGAAAUUAAAGUUCAGGGGUUUGUAGAUUUACUGCUGAUUUUGCUGUCUCUGUUGCGAGAAAUUGGGAUGAUUCUGAGUUGCGUUCUGGAGGGCUACCAUGCCAGGUUGUAGAUUCUGAGCAUUUGGUUGCAUGUUACCGAAUGCACCUUGUGAGCCAUGCUGCUGCUGUUGCUGCUGCAUGGGCAUCAUACCACCCGGAUUUGCUGCCCCCAUGUUGAACACUGCAUGGGAAAGUAGUAGUUGCAGUUUAGCCUAAAGAGUGCAUGGCUGUAUAUCUAGCUUUUGUCGGACAGAUACAAUGAGCACAUUAUGCA